CUCCUCGCCGCCCCCGCCCCGCCGCCUCCCCCCCACUUCAAGUCUCCAUUCCUCCAUCGCCGCCUCGAUCUACUCGCCGAUGGCGCUCUCCCCUCCCGCGGCCGCGCGCUCUUAGCAUCCGCCGCCGCCUCCGCCGCCGUCCACGCCUUCGAUCCACUCCCAUGUCGGAGCCGCCGGCCUCAUCCUGCCUGCUUCAGUAGGCUAACCGACAGGGGGGAAUUCCGGCCGGGAGCCAGGCUGGGCGCCCAUGUCCCCCUCCGCCACCUCGCCGCCGAAUCGCCCACACCGCAAGCGCCGCGCCGGUGCCGGUGGCGGUGGCGCUGACGACGGCUCGACCCGCCGCCGCGGCCGCAGCGCUGUCCUCCUCGGCCCCACCCACUUCCCCGCCGUUCGCUCCUUCGGCCUCCGCCUCGCCCUCGUCGUCGCCCCAGCCCCACGUCACCGCCGCAAGCAGCGCCCGCUCCACUACGCCUGCCGCCCCACCUCCCUUCCCUGUCGCCGCCGCCGUCGCCUCCGCAGUAUCAUCUCCCUCCUCCACCUCCCCAUCCUCCGCCCGUUCUACCUCCGCUACAUCCUCGCGGCAGCCGCAUCAGGCCCCUGCCGCUGCCGCCGGAAGGAAUCCCUGGUAGGCAUGGGAAACUACAUCUCGCGGGUGCUCCGGAAGAGCUCUAGUGACCGUGGUAAGGCGCCGCCAGCCGACGAUACAGCCAAGCAGGAUCUAUGUGAAGUUUUUACACCUCUGACAAAUGAAGAAGAAAGUGAAGUAAACAACAUUUUGUAUGGCAGUGAUCAAAGUAAGAAAAUAAUAGUGAUGCAUGGACCUUCCAAUAUUGAUAUUACUAAAGAGAAAAUCUGGUGCUUGAGAACUUGUAAUUGGUUAAAUGAUGAGGUCAUUAAUUUGUACCUUGAAUUGUUAAAGGAGAGGGCGCAAAGAGAACCAAAAAGAUUUUUGAAAUGCCACUUCUUCAAUACAUUCUUUUAUAAGAAGCUUGCUUGUGGAAAAACUGGUUAUGACUAUCAAUCUGUAAGAAGAUGGACAACCCUCAAUAGAUUGGGCUAUGGGCUUGUUGAGUGUGAGAAAAUCUUUAUUCCAAUACAUAGAAAUGUGCAUUGGUGCCUUGCGAUAAUAAACAUGAAGGAUAAAACUUUUCAAUACCUUGAUUCUUUUGGCGGCAUGGACCAUGCUGUGCUGAGAAUACUGGCUAGAUAUAUCAGGGAUGAAUUGAAUGACAAGAGUAACAUACAGGUAGACACCAGUUCAUGGCUGAAAAUAUCAUCAGAUUCUUGUCCUUUGCAGCAGAAUGGGUGGGAUUGUGGUAUGUUUAUGCUUAAGUUCAUUGAUUUCCACAGUAGAGGUAUUGGCCUAUGCUUUACUCAGGAACAUAUGGAUUACUUUAGGAAACGAACAGCGAAGGAGAUACUGAGAUUGAGAGCUGACUGAAAAGAUGUCCUUUCUUGUUCACACACUCUUGGGCAUUUUGUCAAGGAUGCCUGAGAUCACUGGAGCUGCUCGGUUGGGGCAGAUGCGGCGGCGCCGCUGGAUCGGUAAGACGGCGGCGGGGGUUCCAGCUCCUCGGCUCCGCCCGCCACGCAAGCUGCGCCUGUCCGCCUCCUCGGCUCCGCUCGCCGCCUCCGCCGCGCCCCUGCCCCGGCCUGUGCCGGCCUGUGCAGCCGCCUGCAGGACCUCACCGCGGGCGUCCAGGUCCUCUGACGCCAGGUUAAUUUAGUACUAGAAUAAGUUAAUCUAGUAAUAGAAUAGAAUAUGAUAUCCUAGUACUAGAUUAACUUAUUUUCAGACGGAGUAGUAUGAAUUUCAUGUUGUCAAUUUGUCAUCCAUCCAAAUGACAUAUUUCUUCACAGGCUUGCUCUUGGCUGUCACUAUCAUCUAUCAGUACAAUAUUGUUCCAGCGAAGACUUAGCCAGGAACAGAAGCAUCUGUGCUUUGAUAUAUCAUAUGUUUAUUC